AUGUGUCUUGUAUUUGGUCUUGGAGGAAUGCUUGAUACUACUAUAUUGGAAAAGCAAGGAAAUGGUUUUAAUUUUAAAGCAAUUGGUAGUGAUGUUUAUUUCGGAGGAUUAUAUUUUAAUAUGAAUUUAAUGGAAUUUGGUAUGUCCAAAUUGAAAGCGAUAAAUAAGACUAAAGCACAAAGACGUAUUUUUAAAGGAAGUGACUGUUGGAUACAACGAAACAUAAAGAAACAACUAAAAUAUAACUUAAGAAAAGAGGUUGAAAAGACAAAGAUUGAAUUAUCAAUCAAUUUAUAUUGUGAGUUAGACAUUUCAGAAUUACUUCCUAAAUCCAAUCUUUAUAAAAUUGAUGAUAAUGUUGAUUAUGGUUAUGACUAUCGUAGUGAAUGA